AUGGACUACCUCAGGACCCUUGGAUCGGCUGCCGUCUCGUCGCUGGUGCAGAAGUCUGGUCUCACGCUUCCGUUUUCCACUGGCACGAGGGUUACUGCAUUUGACGGUCGCUCUAUCUGGACGCUCUACGAAGGCACCAAACGUGAUGAUGGGUCGCCUGUGUCUAUCUUCGAGUUCGAUGCAAACCAACCAGGCAGGCGGAACGUGUUCCCACUCGCGAAGAACGCGCUGCGAAAGCUACGGACCAUCCGACAUCCGGAUGUCCUCAGGUUCAUGGACGUUGUAGAGACGGACAGCACCAUCCACAUCAUGACCGAACGCGUCCGACCGCUGGCGCCAGCGGUGCAUGAGUACUCCUCGAAGGCGGCACAAGAGCGCGAAGACUGGCUUCUCUGGGGUCUCCAUCGUGUCUCGGUAGCUCUCGCGUUCGUAAAUGACUCGGCGGCCUCCACGCACGGGAACAUACGCGUGGACUCCAUCUUCAUCUCUGCGUCAGGGGAGUGGAAGCUGGGCGGGUUCGAACUGUUGAGUAGUCCUAAAGAUGAUGCGGCAGUUCUCUAUACCAUGGGCGGCCUGCUGCCCGACGCGAAUGCGUGUGCACCCCCCGAAGUGAAGAAGGGCGGCUGGUCGACGUUAAAAGAACAGAACCCAGCAGUCGCAGAUGCCUAUGCACUAGGUCUUCUCAUCCACUCUGCCUUCAACCCAACCCAACCUCCGCCAGCGACUGCACAACCGCCACAUCCCCCACCCACUGCUGCUUCACGCGGAGCGAUACCCCAGUCACUAUUUGGCUCCUUCAAGCGACUGCUGAACCCAAACGCAAAGGCGCGUCUUACGCCAAAGAACUUCCUUGAGCUCGGCAUGGCAGAAGUCACAGGUGAAAGCUCGGGAUUCUUUGCCAACAACCGCCUCGUCAAGGUAUGCGCAGGGCUGGAUAACUUCAGCCUAGGCAGUGAAGCAGAGAAGGCGACGCUGAAAGAAUCUUCGUCGUCAUUUCCAUCAGAGUUCGUGUCGUUCAAAGUGCUGCCCUCGCUUGUCUCAGCUCUGCAAUUUGGCGGGGCAUCUGCUCCCGCAAUCCUGCCUCUUGUACUCCAGAUGGGGAAAGUAGUACCGCCGCAAGACUACUCCUCUGUGAUCCUUACUCAUCUGAUCAAAUUGUUCGCGAGCCCUGAUCGCGGCACGCGUCUUGCACUACUUGAACAUCUCCCAGAGUACGCCGAUAAGCUUGACAAGAAGACUGUCGUAGACAAGAUCUGGCCACAUCUUCAAAAUGGCUUCUCGGACACAGUCGCCAUCAUUCGCGAGGCUACCGUCAAGUCCAUCAUCCUACUUUCCGACAACCUCAACGACCGCAUCCUCAACAACGACCUCCUCCGGUUCCUCGCCAAGAUGCAGGGCGACCCCGAAGCCUCCAUCCGUACGAACACCUGCAUCCUCAUUGGCCGGCUGGGGCCCACGCUCGGAUACAACACCAAGCGCAAGGUGCUCGUGCCCGCGUUCACGCGUGCGCUCAAGGAUCCGUUCGUGCAUUGCCGUGUCGCGGGAGUCAUGGCGCUCAUGGCGACCGCGGAAUGCUUUGAGACGGAGGAGCUCGCGACGAAGGUAAUCCCAAACAUGGCGUUCGCGAUGAUCGACAAGGAGAAGCUCGUCCGCGACCAGGCAUUCAAGGCCAUCGAGCUCUUCGUGAAGAAGCUUGAGGAGCACGCCGCGGCGAUGCCAGAGACGGCCAUCGAGGAGCACGAGAACAUGCCGGGCUUCAACCUCCCGCCGACGUCCCCUGGCUCGAAUGGGCUCGUGAACAGCGCGGCUGGGGCUGCGGGUGCGCUCGCUGGAUGGGCUAUCUCGUCUCUUGGGAAGAAGCUUGCUGCUGGCGAACUCUCCAGUGUCAUUGACGGCGCUGCUCCAUCUCGUCCGACGUCGGCACCUCCUCCUGCCUCGCUCUCGUCCCAGCCCACGAAUGGCCUCAAUGGCUCCGUGGGCACUCUUGGCGGCCUCGGACGGCCCAAAGCGCCAUUCGGUUCGACCCUAUCCUCACCAGCUGUCCCACGGCCAACCAGCGUUGCUGGCACUUCCUCUACAAAAUCGAAAGGCAUGCAGCUCGGGGCGAAUAAGGUCCCCACAAGUACGAGCUUGUCUGACUGGGCGAUGGAGGCUGCUGCGGAGGCAGAGAGUGAAGAUACAACGCAGUCAAGUUCCAACCCAUGGGGCAACGACGACCUGAUAGACGUCAACGCAGACCAGGACGAUUGGAGUGCAUUCGAGAGUGCACCGGUGCCCGCGGCGGUUGUGGAUCUGAGCUUCGAUGGCGACGCACCACCGGGUGCAUUCUCGCCAAGCGACGACUGGGGCUUCUCGUCGCCUGCCCCAACACAACUAACAAUACCCAUCCAUCAACCGAAACCGACGUCCGCUGUGAAGGUACCAGCCGCGGCAAGCACACGGUCCCCACCACCUACAAGCCGAAUCUCAACGUUCUCGCCGAACGCACGAUCGCCUACGCCGUCUGAGAGGACGGCGAGUCCUGCACCUGAGAAGGUACAGACCCAGAGUACGGCGGGGAUGACGAAGGAAGAGAAAACGGCGGAGAUGGCGAGGCGGAAGGAGGAGAGAAAGCAGAGGAUUGCUGCACUAAAGCAGCAGAAGAAACACACCGGCGCUGCCAAGACCUAG